GCGGUAACCGCCGUAACCGCCACCCUUUCCCGCCACGAGAGGCAGCAGCCUAACCGCCGCCGCACCCCUUUCCGGUGCAGCCGAGCCCCGCCCACCACCUCCUCGCCGCCGCCGCCGCCGCUGCUCCUGCCGCCGCCUUUCCUCGCGUGAGCGCUGCCGGGCCCUCUCGCCGUGUCCCCCGUCAGGGCGGCAGCCGCUAUGUCCGACAAGGAGUUCAUGUGGGCCCUCAAGAACGGAGACCUGGACGAGGUGAAAGACUACGUGGCCAAGGGUGAAGAUGUUAAUCGGACACUGGAAGGUGGGAGGAAACCUCUUCACUAUGCUGCAGAUUGUGGACAGCUUGAGAUCCUGGAGUUUCUUCUACUAAAGGGAGCUGAUAUUAAUGCUCCAGAUAAACACAGUAUCACUCCACUCCUUUCAGCAGUUUAUGAAGGCCAUGUCUCUUGUGUGAAGUUACUCCUGUCAAAGGGUGCUGAUAAGACUGUGAGAGGGCCAGAUGGACUAACAGCCUUUGAAGCCAGUGACAAUCAGGCAAUCAAAGCUCUUCUCCAGUGACGGAUGGACUGAGAUCUAAUGUCUCUCCUGUGGCCUCACACUGCUGCCUGUCUAUCACUCUUCGUAUCUUCCAGCUUCUUCAGCUAAAUAUUGGAGAGGGAGGGAAAAAAUUACAAUAAACCAGACUAGUUAGGUUCCUCUAUCAAAAAGAGAACCUGUUUGGGAAGAGUAUAAAACUAUGUAAUUGGUGUCUCCUUAAGACUUGGUCCAUGGUGCAGUUUUUCCCCAUUUCUAGCAAAAUUGAACCUCUGCUGAGGAAGAGGAAAAGUUUGGUCUGAAAUGUAUGUAGCCUGUAAACUUUCCUUCUUCUGAUAAGACUUGCUGAAAGUUUGUGAGAUGGAACUUCUAUUCUGUAUUUUCUAACUUGUAAAAGCAGUAGCAGCCCUGUGCUGCUAUACUGCCAUCUAUCAAUCAAGGCAGUGGGAUAGCUUCUUUGUAGCUGUGUCCCUGUGCCUUAAGUAAGUUGUGCAAUGCUGAGGGCUUCUGUUUAUCAUGUCCAAGUAUUUAAUAAUUAGAGGUCACACUAAUUUUUGACUACCUGUUUUAACAAGGAAUGCACAGUAAAGACAGGGCUACAUUUUUAACAGGAGUGCUAAUAGAAUGAUCAAAAUCAUGUGGUUUUUUUCACCACAGUAGGCAUUUAGUGAAGAACCAGCCAGAUUGUGCACACUGUCUACUUUUGGAAAAGAGUUGCUCCUUAAAGUCUUUCACUUAAAUUUUUUUCAUCCAUAAAAUAUACUGGAACAAAGUGACAGCUCCAGACCUAUUGGUGCUAGAGGAUGAUUGCUUUGCUCUUCAUGAUUUAGACUCAGAAUAACUUAAAUACUAAAGAAGAAAAGGCUCUCAAUUUAAGUUAAUUUCAUUCUUUUAGAUAUUGCAGAAAAUUGCAUUGUCAUAGCUGCUUCAUCAUCACAUUGGUCUUGUAUAUGUAUCUAUCUUUGAAAUGAGAUUUGAUUCACUAUUAUGGCAUUGGAUCUGAAAAAAUUGUACAGUUCAUUGAGCAGUCGUGUUCCGAAAGGAAACACUGACAUGUUGCAUUUCCUGCCCAAUAAAGGAUGCCUGUUUAUUCAGGUACAUUCUCAAAUACUGUUCAAGGUAGCCUUAGGGAAAUUCAUGCAUAAGGCUUUGUAAUAUGUGAAUACAUUGAUUUGGGGGUGCCAGUGCAAAUAGCAUUUAGAUAUUCUUAUUCAAAAAUGUAGAUCAUGUAGUUUAAAACUUCCCAGUGAAGCUUUUACUGGCUUUGCAUCAAGGUGUGUGAUACAGUGUCAUGAUUCAUCAUCCAGGUAACUUUAAUGUCUACACAUUUCAUGGUAUUGAGUGUAACUUUUCAAUUUUGAAAGCAUUUUAUUUAAGUUUGACAAUAAGAAAUUUAUUCACUAUAGCACCCUAGUAAAAAAGAAUUAGGAACACCGUCUCCUUAGUGUUAAAUUGCAAGGUCUGACCUUUCUUUUUCCCUUAUUCCCACUGAUACUACUUAUAAUAUUAAAAUAAGUUAUUCAGAAACUAUGGGAAGAACAAUCUCUAAAGGCAGUCUUAAAAGUAGAAGUAUUAUGAUUUUUGUAGCAGGAAUGCUAUGUAGCAGGCUUUGCAUCCAAAGUCUGUGCAGUCACACACACGUUCAGCUUUCAAACUUUAGCCACAGUGGCCAUGAUUCACUUGAAAUUUAUCCUGAAGUGUAAUGAGAGGAUGUCAUUCUGAUUUACUAAAAAGCAACAUUCUAAUUCAUAGAAUGGCUCCUUCAUAGCUGGCUACUACAAACGACUGUCAAUUUCAAUCUUCCCUAUGUUAGUAUUGAAUAACUUUGAUCUUUCUAGCAGUUCAGUGGUUGCAUUUUCAUUACCAUGUAGCCAUCUCACUCUUUUUUCCUACUUGUAUAUCUUAACUUGAGAAAUUACAGGUUAAUUCUGAUGAGUAGCUGUAAAAGUAUCUCCUUAGCCAAAUGGCUAAAAUAGUUAAAAUAUACUUAAUUCCUUACUAUUUAAAUCAAUCAAAUUUUUCUGCAAGUACCGCUGAGUAAAAGGUCAAGCAUCUUAUUUCUGGCCUAGAAAUUAAAAAUGAAAAAAAUCAAAGUAACUUUGGAUUUUUGUAGUAAAAACUUGUUCUGUUCCUAUCCCUUUUUCCUUAUGUGAAGAAAACAUGAUGGCUAUCACUGUCUCAUACUAGUUCUUAUAUGGAGAAACCUCUUGAAAUAAAUUGCUUUUCCAAGUAGGACACUUCAGAAGUAGUCAAAAUUUACAAUCUAGAAAUUCAACUCAGCACCAAUAUCCAUCUUUAGAUAUUUCAAUUUAAAAUAAUGACUUGCAGUCUUAAAGCUUUAUGCUCCCCUUUGUAUAGGCAUUGCUUUCAUAACUUAGGUUUUGUUCUAUUAUGCAGUACUAAAUGGGUUAAAUGAUCGAUAGAAGAAGCUGGUAAGAGUGGAAUGUCCUAGUCAAGCAGUUGCAGUGUUGCAUGCAAAAUCUCAAACUGAACAGUCUUAUAUUUUAUAAAUGGGAAAACAAUCAUAUCUUUCUACCCAGUGAUGGAAGAAAAGUAGUGCUUUGUGCAUUUUGAUAUUUGACCUUUUUCCACGAUGUAACUAUUUUGACACAGUUUGGUUUAUCAUUAUCAUGGUUCAUAGACAUCAGAUUGCUAAAUGAUACUGUGUUUGUGUUGCAAGAAUGAAUGGAAUAAACUUGAAUUGUGUUAUAGAGAAACCUGAAGCUUUAUUUACCUUUGUACCCUUCCCACACAGCUCUCCCUCAACUAUCCUUUAUUUGCCUCUAGCACUUUGUAGUGUAAUUAAAAUCCUGUGUAGAACAAAAGCUA